UGACCCUCAGAUGCCGGAGAAUCCAUUUGCCGUUAUUAGAUAAGCUGCUGGAAAAGUUGUGUAACAAGGAAAACAUAAGGACACCGCUGCGGGGAGGACUCGUUCAUUUACGUUAUAUAGAGGGUCUGUCCUCACACAUCAACCCUCCAAAUCCCGAUUUUGAAAUAUCUUUCGGCAAAAAUGUUUUCGCUGUCGACAUCGUUUCAGCCACAGCAGAUGAUAGUGCCUCUCAGCCAGCUCAUCAAUGCCCUCCACUCGCUGAAGAACUCAGCCACAGCUUCAGUCCAGACCCUUCACAAAGACUUCACUCCAGAGCACAAUUCAUAUCUAAAAGAGCCCAGUGUGAGUCUGAGGGACCUGGGCUUGUCAGAGGUCAGGGUGAGUCAGCUGGAUGAGCUGAUCAGCAGGUUACUGCCUAUACCGGGACCAGAAGAACCUCCCACUGUUCCUUCGUUAUGGAGGACCAGUCACGUUUCUGCAGACAGCUUCUUUCACAACAAGCAUGGGUUUUCACACAGAAGAAUGGGGGUUUUCAGCUCACCGUUAUUCCACAGACAAUACCACAGCCCUCUAAAAGAAGUUUGCUCAGAACUACAGUUUUUGCCUGUACGGGUCCAGAGUCGGGGGUUUAAGACACUUAGAUCAAGAACCAGACGAGGGGAGUCUACUUAUGACGGUCCAGUGGAAUCUGAACCCUACACACCAGCAUUCAUGAAGGGGUUGCUCAUGAGGGAAAAAGGACCAGAAGCUCAGUCACUGGACCAAGUCACGAAACAAAAGAACCUUCCAGAAAACCAGCAGGAGGCUUUCAAGACGGGUUUCACUGAGGGAUUCAUGAGGUCUCAGGCCUUCACUCAGAGAACACAAGACUCACUGAGGAGAACCAGGAUGAUCCUGUUGGGCCUCCUACUCUUGGGCAUUGUUGGCCUGUAUAGAACCCCGUUUCUCUCGGGUAAAGGCUCCUUUUCUGAUGCUGUGAGAUUCCGCACCACAUCUGGCCUCGACUCGGCAGUUGACCCGAUCCAGAUGAAGAAUGUGACAUUCGAGCACGUCAAAGGAGUGGAAGAGGCAAAGAAUGAAUUGCAAGAUGUCGUCGAGUUUCUCAAGAACCCCCAGAAGUUCACUGUUUUGGGUGGAAAGCUGCCUAAAGGGAUCCUUCUUGUUGGUCCACCAGGAACAGGAAAGACUCUGCUAGCGCGAGCUGUGGCCGGAGAGGCUGACGUUCCUUUCUACUACGCCUCCGGAUCGGAGUUUGAUGAGAUGUUUGUGGGUGUUGGCGCGAGCCGAAUCAGGAACCUUUUCAAAGAGGCCAAAGCUAAUGCUCCCUGUGUGAUCUUCAUCGAUGAGCUGGACAGCGUGGGUGGAAAGAGGAUUGAGUCUCCAAUGCAUCCUUACUCCAGACAAACCAUCAACCAGCUGCUGGCAGAAAUGGACGGAUUUAAACCAAAUGAGGGUGUCAUUGUGAUUGGUGCUACAAACUUUGCUGAGGCUCUGGAUAAUGCUCUCGUGAGGCCAGGAAGGUUUGACAUGCAGGUGACGGUCCCUCGCCCAGAUGUUAAAGGACGCACAGAAAUCCUUAACUGGUAUCUCUCCAAGAUCACAGUAGACCCUGCCGUCAAUGCAGAGAUCAUCGCCCGAGGCACAGUGGGCUUCUCCGGGGCCGAGCUUGAGAACUUGGUCAACCAGGCAGCCCUGAAGGCGGCGGUGGAUGGGAAAGAGAUGGUCACAAUGAAGGACCUGGAGUUCGCUAAGGACAAGAUCCUCAUGGGUCCUGAGAGACGAAGCGUUGAAAUAGACAAGAAGAAUAAGACCAUCACCGCCUACCAUGAGUCCGGCCAUGCCAUCGUUGCCUAUUACACCAAAGACGCAAUGCCCAUCAAUAAGGCUACUAUCAUGCCUAGAGGACCAACUCUUGGCCAUGUGUCCAUGCUGCCAGAAAAUGACCGCUGGAGCGAGACACGAGCCCAGCUGCUGGCUCAGAUGGACGUCAGCAUGGGCGGCCGAGUAGCAGAGGAGCUCAUCUUUGGAGACGACUACAUCACAACUGGAGCCUCCAGCGACUUUGAUGGUGCAACCAAAAUAGCAAAAAUGAUGGUGACCAGGUUCGGCAUGAGUGACAAGCUCGGUGUCAUGACCUACGGAGACGUAUCCAAACAGAGCCCCGAGACACAGGCUGCCAUCGAACAGGAAGUCAGAGCUUUGCUGAAGGACUCAUACGAACGUGCUAAAAACAUCCUGAAGACUUACAGCAACGAGCACAAGAAGCUAGCUGACGCCCUGCUGACGUAUGAAACUCUGGAUGCCAAAGAGAUCCAGAUGGUGCUGGAGGGAAAAUCACUGGACCACUAGAUACCUCAGUACACAUUUUAGACUCUUGAAUCAUGUAUAUAUAAAUGAAGCUGUGCAAUCGAGCACAGGCCUUUUGGAGGCCUUGUAUUUCAUUUGUUUGUAUCCCUCUCGUCAUUGACGUGAAGAUGACACUCAAAAAGAUUGUUUCGUCCCUUGUAUACAUUUUUAUUUUAUCAUUUUACAUUUCCUGUAGAGAGGACGAUCGGAUUCACAGCGAUUUUUAAAAGCAUUUCACGGUUUAAGUGGAUGAAAAUAAAACACCUGCUUCCCCCCCUAUGAUAUUCCAUUAAGGGCUUGUUGUCCUACACUCUCAUGACUAAAGACCUCUGUAGUACUUUUAUACAUCUGAGCCAUAUUUGCUAUCAUAUGAAUUUGACAUAAAUCAUGGUCAGUCUCACAUUGUUCACACACAAACUGGUGAACACCGUAGGACCUUAAAGCACCUUGAUCCAGAAUGUACUGUUUGGCUGUAGCAAGGUACACGUGAUUACCGCUGUUCAUUAUUGAACUCCGCAUAUUUAGAGUUUUUUCUCUAAAGGAUGUAUUGCAUUUACCACAUGCUAUCUAUUUUUGUUUGUUCUUAUUUAUUUAAGUGCCCACAGGUGUGUCCUUUUGUUUUUCUCUGAAAGUAGAGAUAGGCCAUCAUGUCCUACUGUAACUGAUUGAGGAGAGGAGAUGUGUAUAUACUGUAAGCGUAUAAAAGAAUUGGCUUGGUGCUUCUGUUCCUUUAGAUUAAGGCCUUCUUGAAGCUCAAAUAAAGAUUACUCUUCUUAA